CAACAACAUCAGCAGCACCCGCUAAAUUUCUGCCACCACGAUCCCUCGAUCCCGCGUUUCCCACCAUCAACAACAUCCCACGACGACUCGACCGAUCGGAAACCGCGUUCGAAUCCGCAUUCUUCCAUCAACAGUUUUUUCCCACAUUUUAUUCCCGAUUUUUUUUACGCGACCACUCCAACAAUGGCGGGCGGCAAGGGCAAGUCUUCUGGUGGAAAGAGCUCCGGCGGCAAGACGAGUGCUGCCGAGGGUUCCAAGAAGCAGCAGAGCCACUCUGCGCGCGCCGGUCUUCAGUUCCCCUGCGGCCGUGUCAAGCGUUUCCUCAAGCAAAACACUCAGAACAAGAUGCGCGUGGGAGCAAAGGCUGCCGUGUACGUCACUGCUGUUCUCGAGUAUCUUACAGCUGAAGUCCUAGAGCUGGCAGGCAAUGCUGCCAAGGACCUCAAGGUCAAGCGUAUCACCCCCCGCCACCUCCAGCUUGCCAUCCGUGGUGACGAAGAGCUCGACACCUUGAUCCGCGCGACGAUUGCAUACGGUGGUGUGUUGCCACACAUCAACCGCGCCCUCCUGCUCAAGGUGGAGCAGAAGAAGAAGGCCAAGGCGCUCGAGGGUUAA